AUGUCUACGACAAGGAAAGCUGGCCAGACACUGGCAAAAGUCUUAGGGAUCAAGCUUGAAGACCCUGAUAUGGACGACGUAACUCGAGGAGAAUCGGUCUUCUCGAUGCAGACGGCAGACAGUUUCGUCGAGCAUCAACCCACAAGCGCAGAAUGGCUCCGAGAAAUAAUGCCCUCGGGACGAGAUGUACUUAACUAUUUUAAGUCGUUAUUUCCUUUCUUAUCAUGGAUCAGGUUUUACAACUUACAAUGGUUUAUCGGUGAUCUCGUUGCAGGCAUAACUAUCGGUGCUGUCGUCGUACCGCAGGGAAUGGCUUACGCCAAGUUGGCUAAUCUUCCAGUCGAAUUCGGAUUAUAUUCAUCAUUCAUGGGCGUCCUUCUUUACUGGUUUUUUGCCACUUCUAAAGAUAUCACUAUAGGGCCUGUUGCCGUCGUCUCUACUGUCACAGGCUCUGUCGUCGCCAAAGCUACUAAAGAAUAUCCCCAGUACGAAGAUACGCCGUGGGUAAUUGCGAGUGCCCUUGCUCUCAUAUCCGGCGCAAUUGUGCUUUUUAUCGGUUUAAUUCGGUGCGGAUGGAUCGUCGAAUUGAUACCCUUAGUGUCUCUCGCAGCUUUUAUGACCGGUUCCGCUAUCAACAUUGCCGCAGGGCAAGUUCCUACGCUUAUGGGAAUUACCGGCUUUUCUACAAGGGAUUCAACAUACAUGGUCAUCAUCAACACUUUAAAGAACCUAGGCAAGACGGAUUUGAACGCAGCUAUGGGUCUAACUGCGCUUACAAUGCUCUACACGAUCCGGUUCUCAUGCACUUGGGCGGCCAAGAAAUUUCCAAACCACCACAAGUUGUUUUUCUUCCUCUCAACACUUAGAGCGGUCUUCGUCAUAUUAUUAUACACCAUGAUCAGUUGGUUAGUUAAUAUGCACCGCCGUGAUCACCCGGCCUUCGCCAUUCUUAAGGAUGUACCUCGAGGUUUCCAGCACGCCGCCGUUCCUACCAUCGACUCGGAUAUAAUCAGAUCAUUUAUUGGCGAACUACCUGCAACAGUCAUUGUUUUACUAAUCGAACAUAUUGCCAUCUCAAAGUCCUUCGGCCGAGUCAACAAUUACACGAUCAACCCGUCCCAAGAGAUGGUUGCUAUUGGCGUUACCAACGUCCUUGCGCCCUUCCUCGGAGGGUUCCCGUCAACGGGUUCUUUCAGUCGUACAGCUAUCAAAUCGAAAGCAGGUGUUCGGACCCCCUUUGCCGGCGUUAUCACGGCCGCUGUGGUGCUCUUAGCUAUCUACGCACUUACGGCCGUUUUCUUUUAUAUCCCCUCCGCGUCGCUCGCUGCUGUUAUCAUCCACGCCGUCGGAGAUCUGAUAACACCACCAAAUACGCUUUACAAGUUCUGGAGGAUAUCACCUCUCGAGGUCGUGAUCUUCUUCGUCGGCGUAAUCGUUACCGUUUUUUCAACAAUCGAGAACGGAAUCUACGCAACAAUAUGUAUCUCGUUUGCGGUUUUCAUAUUUCGCGUACUCAAGUCUCGCGGUAGGUUCCUCGGUAGGGUCCAGGUACACUCCGUACUGGGCGAUCACCUCAUUGGCAAUGACAGUAAGGUGUUGGGCGAAUACGGGACUUUCGAAGCUUUGGAUUCUAGCCUCUCACCGCCUACGCGUAACGUUUUCCUCCCGAUAGACCACGAAGACGGCUCAAACCCGGAAGUCGAAAUCUCUAGCCCUUACCCUGGUAUUUUCAUCUACCGAUUUUCCGAGGGGUUCAACUACCCAAGCGCCAGUCAUACUCUAGACUAUCUUACAAGCCACAUAUUUGCCAAUACUCGUCGUACUCGGACAGACACGUAUGCGCGCGUUGGCGACCGUCCAUGGAACGACCCGGGCCCGAAGAAGGGCCAAGAAGAGAACACCUCGCUGCCGACGUUGAAGGCUAUCAUAUUUGACUUUAGUUCUGUUAAUAAUGUCGACGUCACGUCGGUGCAGCAACUAAUCGACGUGCGCAACCAGCUAGACCGAUACACAGCGCCAGAUGUGGUAGAUGUCCACUUCGCUUGCAUCAACAACCGAUGGACGAAGAGAGGACUCGUCUCCGCCGGCUUCGGCUACCCGACGCCGCGUCCGGACGGCCUGCACUCGCGGUGGAAGUCCAUCUUCAGCGUCGCCGAGAUCGGUGGCUCGGAAUCGGCAGCGGCGGCCGCGGAGCAAGAAGCCAACGAGAAGGAAAGCCAGAUCCGGCCGACGAUCAGCAAGGCGGAGUCGGUAGACCCGUCGACCCAGGCCACUACUCCCGGGCCCAGCACCGCUUCUAGCAUAACGCAGUCUGCGGCACCGAGGAACAACAAGGCGUCUGAGUUCGCUAAGAACGCGGAGACCAGAAAGGUUGCCGUGCACGGGCUCAACCGCCCGCUGUUCCACGUCGAUCUGACGAGCGCGCUGCAGAGCGCUAUCGCGAACGUGAGAGCGAGAGACGAGGUCGAGGCCCAAGGAGGCCCGGAUAUCGGCGUCACGGUUUAA